AAAAUAUUAGGGAGAAAGAGAAUCUACAGAUUAGGGUUUGAAGAGAAUCGGAGAGAGAAGAAGAGAGCGAGAAUUGAGAGAAGAUGUGGGCGGCGCCGAUGCCGUUGGUGACUGUUGAAGACGAAGGUGGCCACAUGUGGGCGACGCCGAUGGACAUGGUUGACGACGAAGGUCAUAAACUCUUGGAGGCUUGUUUUGGACAUCCGAUUGGAGGUAAAUUGACAUUUGGGGCUACUAACCACCCAAACACUCGAAUAGUGGCUCAAUCCACUCUCGAUUAUUGGAAUAACAAGUUUGAUUUGUGUUACAAACUUGUGAGGGUUGUUGGGGCCACUUGGACUUUCCUUGGCGCUUUCAGGAGCAAGUAUCUUAUUUCCAUGGAAAUAGCAAAAUCAGAAGAAGAUAAGCCCACGAAAUACUUUGUGAGGACUUACGAACGUUUUAUAAUGGGAGCCGACUCUAACGAACUCAACUUCUACGUUUGCGUGCCUUGGGAUACUUAUGUUUUGAGAACACCUAAGCUGCUUGAUGGAGAGUGGAUGGAGACGGUUGACUUGACUGAAUGACGCAUAGUCAAAAUUGUGAAAAUGAUAUACCCAACCUCAGUUCGAACGACAGGCAUCAGAAUUGCAAUCUCAGCUGCAAGAAUUGGUGGUAUGUUAUGUCCUCUUGUGGCAGUGGGUUUUUGUACAUGAUUGUCAUUAAACAGCAUCCAUGGUUCUUUUUGAGAUUUUAAUCUUUUCAUGUAUUUGUUUAGUGCCAUUCCCUUUUGAAACCAAGGGCUGUGAAUUGAGUGAUACUGUAUCUAGUCCAAAACAUAUUGCUGAAUUGGCAUGAAUUAACCACAGAAAAUUCAUGCUCAGCCCCUCUGUUAUACAAUGGCAUUUAACUUUA